GCUUCACAAAAGCAUCAAACCUUCAGAUGUUGGAUGUGUACAGCAUUCUACCAUUUGACAACCCAGAUGGUGGAGUCUGGAAACAAGGCUUUGACAUCAGUUAUGAUGAACAUGAAUGGGACAAUGGGCCACUACAGGUUUUUGUAGUGCCCCAUUCACACAAUGAUCCAGGUUGGUUGAAAACAUUUGAUGACUACUACAGAGAUCAGACGCAGCAUAUCCUAAAUAACAUGGUGGUGAAGCUACAGGAAGAUAUUCGUAGGAGGUUUAUGUGGACUGAGAUUUCGUACUUCUCCAAAUGGUGGGACAGCAUAGAUAGCCAAAAGAAAGAUGCUGUCAAAAGAUUGUGUCAACUGGGCCAAUUUGAAAUCACGACAGGAGGUUGGGUCAUGCCAGAUGAGGCUAGCACACAUUAUUUUGCCAUGAUUGAUCAGCUGCUUGAAGGGCAUCAGUGGCUUGAAAGAAACCUAGGAGUAAAGCCAAGAGCAGGAUGGGCUAUCGAUCCAUUUGGACACACGUCUACUAUGGCUUAUAUCUUAAAGAAGACUGGUUUUUCAAACAUGCUCAUUCAGAGGGUCCAUUACUCUGUGAAGAAAUAUUUUGCCACUCAAAGGAAAUUGGAAUUCUUUUGGCGGCAGAAUUGGGAUCAGAAUGGAAGUACAGACAUCUUGUGUCAUAUGAUGCCCUUCUACAGCUAUGAUGUUCCCCACACUUGUGGUCCUGAUCCUAAGAUCUGCUGUCAGUUUGACUUUAAACGUCUUCCUGGGGGCAGAAUUCACUGUCCUUGGCGAAUUCCUCCAGUUGCAAUACAUGAUGAUAAUAUUCAGGAAAGAGCACAGCUCCUCUUGGACCAAUAUAGAAAAAANUCUAAACUUUUCUCCACCAAAGUGGUCUUAGUUCCUCUUGGAGAUGAUUUUCGUUACGACAAAUCGUCUGAAUGGGAUCAACAAUUUCUAAAUUACCAGAAGCUGUUUGAUUAUAUGAACUCUCAUCCAGAAUUGCACGUGAAGGCUCAGUUUGGAACAUUGUCAGAUUACUUUGAUGCGCUCAAUAAAGCUGCUGGUUCAAGCAUGUCACCAUCACCUUUUCCUAUUGUGAGUGGGGACUUCUUUACUUAUGCAGACAGAGAUGACCAUUACUGGAGUGGAUAUUUUACCUCUCGACCAUUCUAUAAACGACUAGACAGAGUUUUAGAAUCUCAUCUGAGAGCAGCAGAAAUUCUUUACUCUUUGGCAUUGGUUGGUGUCCAAAAAUCUAACAAAAUGACAAUAUUUCCUUCAUCUGAAAAUUAUAAAUUGCUGGUAGAAGCAAGGCGAAAUCUUGGUCUUUUCCAACAUCAUGAUGGAAUCACUGGAACCUCUAAAGAGUGGGUCGUUGUGGACUAUGGCACGAGACUCUUUCACUCCAUAAUGAACUUGAAGAGGGUGAUAAUAGAUGCAGCUCAUUUUCUCAUUUUAAAAGACAAGGAAAAUUACAAGCACACCUCUUCAACUCCCUUUCUUCAGAUGGAUGAUAACCAAGAUACCCAGGAUGCUUUACCAAAAAAGACAAUCAUCGGAUUGAACUCACUGCCUCGGUUUCUUGUGAUGUAUAACCCCACAGACCAGGACCGCACCUCUGUUGUAACAGUGUAUGUAAAUUCAUAUAAAGUAAGGGUGCAAACUGCUUCAGGGCAACACGUGACAUCCCAGGUUAGCGCAGUUUGGGACACACCCACCACAGUUUCUAAAGACGCAUUCCAGGUUUCCUUCCUGGCACAGGUGCCAGCCCUGGGUUUGGGGCUAUACCAACUUGUGGAAGCACAAGAUAUAAAAACGGUGCUUGCAGAUUACACAGUGUGCUUGAAUGGAAGAGAAGACGUGACAGUCAGCACAGACAGUGCCUUCAUACUCAAUGUACUCAAAAGCUCUACUGAUGAUUUGAUUAUUGAAAAUUCAAAUAUGAAAGCUUGGUUUUCGGGAACUAAAGGUUUUAUUCAGAAAAUAAAGACCAAGGAUGAUGAUAAGGAACAUCAGAUAAAUAUUCAGUUCAUGUGGUACGGAACAACAAGCAACCGAGACAAGAGUGGUGCCUACCUCUUUCUACCUGAUGGAGAAGCUAAGCCAUAUUUUUCUUCAAAACCCCCUAUCUUGAGAAUAACCCGUGGCCCAAUAUUUUCGGAGAUAGUGUGCAUCUAUGAACACUUCACACACUCAGUCCGGCUCAACAAUGUGCAGGGAAUCGAUGGACUGUCAAUGGAGGUGUCAAAUAUUGUCGAUAUUACGAGAGAACAAAAUCGGGAGAUGGUCAUGAGGCUGGUCACAGAUAUCAAUAGCCAGAAUCAGUUCUAUACUGACCUGAACGAUUUCCAGAUUCAACCACGGCAGACUUUGAGUAAAUUACCUCUUCAAGCAAAUUUUUACCCUCUGACCACAACUGCAUAUAUCCAGGAUAAUGGUUUUCGAUUGACCCUGCACUCUGCUCAGUCACUGGGAGUUGCCAGCUUAAAGAGUGGCCAGCUGGAAAUUAUAAUGGACCGUAGACUAAUGCAGGAUGACAACCGUGGUCUGGGUCAAGGUCUCCAAGACAACAAAGUAACAGCCAAUUUGUUCAGACUCUUAUUGGAGAGAAAAAUUGGAGUGGAUGCGGAGGAGAGCAAAACAGUAGUGAAUUACCAAUCAUUGUUGAGCCAUAUAACAUCUUCCUAUCUGAAUCACCCAAUUAUUCCAAUGCCUGUGAACAUGAAUGAUGAUGGAAUCCCACCACUAUCCGACUUCUUCAGUCCUCUUACAUCAUCCAUGCCAUGUGACAUGCAUUUACUUAAUCUGAGAACGAUAGGAGGAACGGAGGAAGGAAUCCCAUCAGAUGAAACUGCCCUGAUCAUCCACAGAAAGGGUUUUGAUUGUAGAUUUUCAAAUAAAAACACUGGACUGCUAUGUUCCACGACUCGGGGCAAGAUUCCUGUGUUCAAACUCUUUAAAAAUGUUAAAAUUCAAAGUCUGAUUCCAUCAUCCUUGACUUUGAUGCAUACUCUACCAGAGCCCAGUAAUACUAGUGAAAUACACCUGAAUCCAAUGGAGAUAAGUACAUUCCGAAUUCGGUUAAGAUGAAUCUCGCUCCUACUCAGAUUGCCUGAUAAACUGUUAUAAAAAUUGCAUCAUCUACGAUCCUGAGGCGCAAUAACUAUAAGCACAUUUUACUAAGACUUCUGAAAAGCAUUGAUGCAUUCUUUUUUCAAAAAAUGUCAAGUCUACUGAUUCAAUAGAAAAACAAAAAUCAA